AUGGAUACCAUCUCUGACGAGGAUGAAGAACAGAUUGCGCUUGGACAGGAGGUUACAAAGAAUAUAGUAUGUAUAAAUAAUGAGUUAUUAAGUAGUAGAGAAGUUGCUUUUCUAGAUGAGGAUGAAUUCGGUUUGCAAGGUUAUGACGAGUUCAGUUUGCUGGGUGAGAAUGGAAUUCAUUUGCAAGGUGAGGAAGAAGAUGAUUUAGUAAGUGAGGAUGAAGUUGAUGUGCAAACUGAGGAGACUUUUCAAUAUAAUGAUUCUUCUUUAAGUUCAAAUGAGGACAAAGAGAAGAAAGAAGAACUAUAUAUCGGAAUGGAGUUUAGUUCUGAUGAGAACGCAUAUAAAGCUUAUGCUAAAUAUGGAGGAAAAUCUUGUUUCAAUGUGAGAAAACAACGAAAGAAGAGAAACAACAAGGGUUUGGUUGUAAGGUUGCUUUAUUGCUGCUCAAAAGAAGGUUAUCGAAAGACCAGAACAAAGAGGGAAACAUCUUAUUCAUUACCAGUUACAAGGGUCGGUUGUAAAGCCCAUCUGAGUUGCUAUCGUCAAAGCAACGGAAAAUUCAAGAUUGUGUCGUUUGAGACAAAUCACAAUCAUGAGUUGAUUAAAACACCUAUGAAGCAUAUGUUAAAGAUUAAUCGAAGUUUCUCUAAAGCUCAAAAAGAACAUGCUGAUGAUGCUGAGAUGUCAGGAAUUUCAGCAAAAGCAACAGUUGAAUUGAUGAGUAGAGAAGUUGGGGGACGAGAGAAUCUUGGUUUUAUGGAAAAGGAUUAUCGAAAUUACAUACAUCGAAAGCGAAGGGUGAAGAUGGAAAAAGGAGAUGCUGGAGCUAUAUUUCAAUACUUCCAAAAAAUGAAAGAGGAUAAUUCAUCUUCUUUUUAUUCAAUGCAACUUGAUGAGGAUGAUAUGAUCACGAAUAUUUUUUGGGCAGAUGAGCGUUCAGUAAGUGAUUAUGGUCUUUUUGGGGACGUCGUUUGUUUUGACACAACUUAUCAGACUAAUGAAUAUGGUAGACCAUUUGCUCCAUUUGUUGGGGUCAAUCAUCAUAAGCAAACAGUGGUAUUUGGUGCAGCUUUAUUAUAUGAUGAAACCAUUGAGUCCUUUAAGUGGCUUUUUGAGACUUUUCUUGGAGCGAUGUCUGGAAAGCAACCAAAAACCAUACUUACAGACCAAUCUGCAGCAAUGGCUAGUGCAAUAGCAGAAGUAUUUCCUGUAACUUAUCAUAGACUAUGUGUUUGGCAUAUUUACCAAAAUGCUGCAAAGAGGUUAAGUCGUGUGUUUCACGGAUCAGAACAGUUUGCUCAUGAUUUUGGAAAGUGCGUAUAUGACUAUGAGGAUGAAGAUGAUUGGUUAUUGGCAUGGAGUAAUAUGCUCGAGAAACACAAUUUGAAGGAGGAUAAAUGGUUAAAGAAUUUGUUUGAUAUGAGAAAAAAAUGGGCAUUGCCUAGUUAUGACCUGUUGUGCUUCUUUGAACACUAUGAGAGAGUUUUGGCUGAUCGACGAUAUGAGGAAUUAAUUGCUGACUUCAAGAUGAUGCAACCCUCUCCUGUGUUAUCUGCUAAUGUAGAGAUGUUGCAACAUGCAGAGGAGGUGUACACCCCAGAAGCUUUUAGACUCUUCCAGCAACAAUACACAAGUAUUGGUGAUUAUGUUGCUAAUAAAGUUAGCAAGUCUGAGAUGAAAUAUGAAUACAAAGUAUCAUAUCGUGGUGUUGCUCGAGAGCAUUUGGUAAAAUUUGAUGCUUCAGAGCAAACAAUAACUUGUAGUUGCAUGAAGUUUAAUUUUGUUGGGAUUUUAAGCCGUCAUGCAUUGAAAGUGUUGGAUAGGAAGAACGUGAGAAGAAUCCCUCCUACUUGCAUAUUAAAUCGAUGGAGUAAAGAAGCUAAGGCAAGAAGCAUCACUUGUUAUCAUGGACCAAAGACUAAUGAAAAUCUCAAGCAGUCGAUUGGAAAGCGGUACAGCCAUUUGUGUCGUAAUUAUCGUGAGAUUGCAUCCUUUGCCACAGAACAUGAGGAAUUAACAACGUAUGCAGAUGAAUAUGCCAUCGAGUUGCUUAAAAAUUUGGAAGAAAAGAAGAAGAAACUUUUGAAAGAAGAUGCAUGGGUGAUUCAAACUUCAGAUGUUGGAGCUUUGGAAGGUGAAGUAUCAAAUGCACGUGGAGUUAAAAGAAAAGCUACUGUUGGACGACCACGCGGUCGUCAUGGUAGAUUUAAAGGUGUUCUUGAAGGGAAAAAUUGUAAAGCCACAUUUAAAUCAUCAACAUCUGUAGCAAGUAAAGCCGCAAAGAAACAACUAUCCUUCCAGGAUUCUAUUCCUAUUAGUGACAAUUUUGAGCAACAGGAAGUCAAUGAAUAUGAAGUUCCAAUGCUUGAUUUUGCAACUCAAGAAUCCAAUCUUAGCGCUGGUACCCAAGUAUCAGUUUAUGGUACAAGUGUAACUUUGCAGAAUGACUUUUCUUUCACUCAAAUGCUCCAGGAAAUUUCAAUGAAUCAUGCUAAUUCUUCACAAAGUAAUGAAGAAGGCAAAAAGCAGCUGGGAAGUUGA